AUGGUCAACAAGGAGGACGAAAAGUUCCCACGAAGCGACACUGUUCAGGGUCCCGAUAUCGACAUCGAAGACGCACUCGGGGCAGCAUGGCAGCACCAUUACACCAGUGUCCUCCGCGCCCUCGGCGUCGAGGACCCCGAACACGGUCUCAACCAGAAAGAUAUCGAAGCACGACGUCAAGAGUACGGUCCAAACCAGCUCGAAGGCGGUGAUGAGAUCAGCAUCUGGAAGAUCAUGCUUCAUCAAAUUGCAAACGCCAUGACUUUGGUGCUGAUCCUUGCAAUGGGUGUCUCCCUCGGCAUCCGCUCCUGGAUCGAAGGUGGUGUGCUUGCAGGUGUAGUCGCCAUCAACAUCAUCGUUGGUUUCUUCCAAGAACUCUCGGCUGAAAAGACCAUGAACGCACUCCGCGACCUUGCAUCGCCGACAGCUCGUGUCAUCCGCAACGGCGACGGCGAGACCAUCUCGGCCAACGAAGUCGUUCCAGGAGACAUUAUCGAACUCACGACUGGCGACACCGUCCCUGCUGACUGCCGUCUCAUCGAGUCGAUGAACUUCGAGACCGACGAGGCGCUUCUUACUGGCGAAUCGCUCCCAGUUGCCAAAGACCACACUCAAGUCUAUUCGGCCGGUGAGGACGUCGGUGUGGGCGACCGUCUCAACAUGGCUUUCACCUCUAGCACUGUCACCAAAGGUCGCGCAACUGGAAUUGUCGUCGGCACUGGAAUGAAUACUGAGAUCGGAAAGAUCGCCGAUGCUCUCCGUGGUGCCGCCAAAGCACAGAAGAUCCGAGAUGUCAAGCGCAACGCUUACGGAAAGGCGCUCCCCCACCGCUACGUUCAGGCUGGUGCACUCACCGUUUGGGACAAGGUCAAUGGCUUCCUCGGCACUAACAAGGGCACCCCAUUACAGCGACGUCUCUCGCAGCUCGCCGUCGGCCUCUUCUUCGUCGCAGUCCUUUUCGCGAUCAUCGUCUUCCUUUCCAACAACUGGACCGACAACGAAGUCAUCAUCUACGCUGUUGCCACUGGUGUCUCGAUGAUUCCGGCAUCCCUCACUGCCGUUCUCACCAUCACCAUGGCCAUGGGCUCUAAGGCUAUGGUCAAGAGAAACGUCAUUGUACGAAAGCUCGACUCGCUCGAAGCUCUCGGAUCUAUCAAUGACAUUUGCUCCGACAAGACGGGUACCCUCACCCAGGGUAAGAUGGUUGUUCGUAAGGCAUGGGUGCCUGCUUCUGGCACCUACAACGUCUCGGAGACCAACGAGCCUUUCAACCCCACUCUUGGAGAGGUCUCUGUCAACAAUGUCGAGCCCCGUGACGCCGAAGUUGGCUCCGAUUCUACUGACGGCGAAGUCGUUGCCCGCUCCGGCAAGUCGGACAAGGUCAAGGGCAACGAACGCUUCGAGGACUUCGUGAACGUGGCUUCCCUCUGCAACCUUGCCACUGUCUUCAAGGACAAAGAGUCCCACGCUUGGACCGCUCACGGCGACCCUACCGAAUGCGCUAUUCAGACCUUUGUCACUCGUUUCGCAUGGGGUCGUCUCAAGCUCACAAAGGGUGCCGAUGCAGACAAGGAAGUCACCGAAAAGGACCGUACGGCUGCCAAGUGGUCGCAAAUCGCCGAAUACCCCUUUGAUAGCUCUGUCAAGCGCAUGGCCGUUACCUACGUUAACAACCAGACCCGCGAGAGCUUUGCCAUGAUGAAGGGUGCCGUCGAGCGUGUCCUCGAAUCGUGCACCUCCGCUCAGACCGAUGAAGGCAAGAUCGACUUCACUGAGGACUUCGAGAAGCGCGUCCUUGAGAACAUGGAGGCUCUCGCCAGUCAAGGUCUUCGUGUCCUCGCCCUCGCCCACCGCAAGCUCUCCAAAGCUGAGAGCGACCUCGCUGAAGACCUCGAGCGUUCUGAUGUUGAAGCCAAUAUGACCUUCCUGGGCCUCGUUGGUCUCUACGACCCUCCCCGCCCUGAGACUGCCGGUGCCGUCCGAAAGUGCAAGGAGGCUGGCAUCACUGUUCGCAUGCUGACCGGGGACCACCCUGGCACUGCCAAGGCGAUCGCUCUUGACGCCGGCAUCGUUCCCCGCAACACCACCAAGUACUCCAAGACCGAACUCGACAGCAUGGUCAUGACGGCUGCCCAAUUCGACAAGCUCUCCGAAGCCGAGAUCGACGCUCUCCCUCAGCUGCCUUUGGUGAUUGCACGAUGUGCCCCUCAAACCAAGGUUAGGAUGAUCGAAGCUCUUCACCGCCGAGGCAAAUUCUGCGCUAUGACCGGUGAUGGUGUCAACGAUUCUCCCUCGCUCAAGAUGUCCGAUGUCGGGAUCGCCAUGGGCAUGAACGGAUCCGACGUCGCCAAGGAUGCCUCCGACAUUGUCCUCACAGACGACAACUUUGCCUCCAUCGGCAACGCCAUCGAGGAAGGACGACGCAUGGCUGACAACAUCUCCAAGUUUGUCUGCCACUUGUUGGCUCAGAACGUAGCCCAGGCUUCGGUUCUGUUGAUCGGUCUGGCUUUCAAGGACGAGACUGGUCUUUCGGUAUUUCCCCUCUCGCCCGUUGAAAUCCUUUACAUCAUCAUGGUCACUUCGGGUCUUCCUGCUAUGGGCCUUGGUAUGGAAAAGGCAUCGCUUGAUGUCAUGAAAAGGAAGCCUCGCUCCAACAAGUGGAGUAUCCUCACACCCGAAAUGCUCAUCGACCUCACCGUCUACGGCUUCUGGAUGGCUGCGCUCUGCUUGGCCACCUUCACCCUCGUCGAGUUCGGUUGGGGCAACGGCGAACUUGGUACCAGCUGUAACGCUGACUACAGCGAAUCUUGCGACCUGGUCUUUCGUGCUCGCGCCUCAUGCUUUUCCGUUCUAACCUGGUUCUCCUUGCUCCUCGCCUGGGAAGUGGUUGACACCCGUCGCAGCUUCUUCAACAUGCACAACGACGGACGAUGGUACAGCCAGUGGUUCAAGGACACCUACGGCAAGAACAAGUUCCUCUUCUUCUGCGUCGUCGGCGGCUUCUUUAGCGUCUUCCCCAUCCUCUAUAUCCCCGGCCUCAACGACAUCGUCUUCUUGCACACCGGCAUCAGCUGGGAGUGGGGUAUCAUCUUUGUCUGCACUCUUCUCUUCGUAGGUGGAAUUGAGGUGUACAAGCUUUGCAAACGGGUUUACUUCCGUCGCAAGACCGUCGACCGCUCCAAGCUCCUCGACGAAGAGAUGGCCGAUGCUGAAGGCGAUGCCGCAUGA